GUGAAAUUUGAAUACUGUAAUAAAUUUAGUGUACAAUUAUACUAUAUAAAUUUACUCAUAAGAGAAAUAUAUUUAGUGAUUUUAAAUUUAAUAAAAAAUAAUUUAUAUUUCUUAAUUGAAAAAUGUGUAUUUAUGUACAUAUAAUUUGUCUCGAAUAUUUUUCUAAGAAAAAGAUUAGUGUAUAGAGGAAGAGUAUAUAGGUAUACACACGUAACUACUUUAUAUAAAACAUUGGUACUUGCUAAAAUAUCUCUUGCUAUAAUUUUGAAUGUCAGUAAAUUUAUAAUUCAUAUGACUUAAUUCUAGUAUUUCUAUUAAUGACUAUAUGCGUGCUAUAAAUUUUUGUGUAUAUACAACGAUCACAAGUAAAAGAAAUAAAACGAAUAUCUCAAAUAUGUUUAGCAAUAAAAAAAAUAAUUUGCCACCAAGACCUCAUAUUCCAGAUUCUGAAUGUAUAUUAGAAGACCUUAAUAAUGCUUCUAUAGAUGAUAUAGCAUUUAAAAUAAUCGAUAAAGAUGAAUUUUCUGAAGAACAUUCAUUCAACACAAAUACUUCUAAUACCUAUCAGAAAGUCAAAAUGUAUUUAAAUAUAAAACAACAGUUAAGAUAUUUAGAAACUACUAUUACAGAAAGAGAACAACAGCUGAAAACUGAUAAUGAAGAAAUAAAAAAACUCGCGGACAAUAUUAAAAAACAAGCACAAGCUGCAUUAAUAGCAUAGAUCUUUUAUAUUUAUAAAUUAUAUUAUAGUUAUUUGAAUAAUUCUUCCUAUGAAGGAAAUUGUAAUAUAUAAUUAUUUUAAACUUAAUAUUGUCUUAAUUGUUAAUAUCAUAUAAUAACCAUAUAAUAAUCAUACAAUAUCAUAUAAUAAAAAUUAGCUAAUCAUAUAAAAUAAUUAUACUUAUCAU